GGUCGGCUGUGAAAAGCGAAAAAGUAAUUUUAUCGAUUGUUCCCGUGAAAUCUUAACGAUAAUGGCUAGCCCACUAGCCGAGAACACUGCUCAGGAAUUCCUGUUCAACGAUGAAUCCUCAUCGGAUGUAACGUUUCUCGUUGGCCAGCAGAAAACGCGAGUCUACGCGCACCGGCAGCUGUUGAUCGGCCGGUCGGAAUAUUUUGCCGCCAUGUUUGGUGGCUCCUUCCGUGAGUCAAGUGAAAGUGAAAUCUCUCUGGAGAACAUUGACGAGGAGGACUUUUUGGAAAUGCUUCAUUUUCUGUACAACCGGAAAUUUCGAGGCGAAUUUGUUCAUGUUGAUCGAGUUAACGACCUGUAUGUCAGUGCUAAAAUGUUUUUGAUGGACGAUAUGGUGGAUGCGCUUGCAAGGUUUUUGGCGGACACGAUCGAUUAUGAUAAUGUGCUGCAGGUUUUUGUCGCAAAUCAAGCGUACGAGUUUAAAACUGUUGAUGAGACAUGUUUGUCGAUAAUUUUAAACGAUCCCAUAUAUUAUUUCGAGCACCAGGACUUCCGUUUGAUCAACCGCGAAAGGUUUCGGUUAAUCCUUGAGGCAAGUCAGAUUAAUUGCACGGAAAAACAACUACUGAAACAGCUGAACGAUUGGAAAUUGGUGCACGAAACCGACGAUGUAAAAGAAUUAGAAAAUAUCAUAACCAGCAAAAAACGAACAACCAGCUGCCGUAAAUCCAUUCUGUAUGAAGAUUUGGAUAGACUUGCAACCAUCGAGUGUAUGAUAACAUGUUCUAGCAGGGCUUGGUUGUGCGGAGUUGGUAUUCACGUACAAUCGCGAAAGUGGCCAUUGGAUUUAAAGGAGAAAAUCACAAUUUGCGUGCACGUAUGGACUAAGGGUGUAAGUGUGGUCAGAAGACAGUUCCAUUACGAAAGCAACGAAGCGCGUUACAUGAAAAUGAUCGAUUUGUUUUUUCCGGAAGUGAUGCUCUGUAAAGGUCGUCGUUAUUCGUUCGCGGUGCACUUCUAUCCAUACGCAACAUCGUAUUGGUGCCGUAACAUUCGUUUCAGAAAAGACGGUGGACCGAUUGGCCCUGUCGCAUACUAUUACUAUAAACUAGAGACGGAUUAAGAUAAAUUGGUUUCAAUAUUAUUUGAUCAUUGUUAUAACAA